AGGCUGACUCAUAAUGCAUAGUUGAAGAUAUGGAAGCUCCAAUGAAGCAAAUUAGUGUUCUGGUGUUUUUUGCAAUUUUAGCUAUUUCAGGUCUCCAGACGGUGUAUGGGGCAGGUGAAUGUGGCAAGUCUUCAACACCCGAUAGGGAGGCUUUUAAGCUGGCCCCCUGCAUGUCUGCAGCGCAGGAUGAGACUGCACCCGUGUCGAGCAGCUGUUGUGCUCAAGUGAAGAGAAUAGGGCAGAACCCGAGCUGCCUAUGUGCUGCCAUGCUGUCAAAUACGGCCAAAAUGGCUGGAAUUAAGCCUGGAGUUGCCGUCACCAUUCCGAAACGCUGCAACCUUUCUGAUCGCCCCACUGGGUACAAGUGUGGAGAUUACACAGUGCCUUAAUGGUCAUGGCUGGUCGCCACCUUGCUGCAGUUUGGAUCGCCCUGUUGUGUUAAAAUAACUUCAAUAAUGUGCAUGCUGUUAACAUGUAACGGUAAAGAUGAUGAAAUGUACUCACUAAAGCCGGCAGUGGCCGACUAAGUUCAUGCGCAUCGUGUGUUUCUUGGGGUUUAUUUUUGGAAAAGGUUCCAAAUAUAUCAAAAUGGAUGAUCCUAA